UCUUCAGCCUCAGUCGCUUUACACCGACCACUCACUACAAUGGAACUCCUGCGAGCAGUGCUGUGCGUGGUGCUGGUGGCGGGCGCGUCGCAGGCGGGCGUGGUGCCGGCAGCGCCUCUGGUGGCGGCGCCUGCAGCCGCGGCCGUGGUGGCGGCCGACUACGCGGACGCGUACCCGCAGUACCAGUACGCGUACACGGUGCAGGACUCGCUGACGGGCGACGCCAAGGCGCAGGAGGAGGCGCGCGAGGGCGGCAUCGUGCGCGGCAGCUACAGCCUCAUCGAGCCCGACGGCGUGCGCCGCACCGUCAACUACUACGCCGACCCCGUCAACGGUUUCAACGCGGUCGUGCAGCGCGACUUGCCCGCCGUCGCCGCCGCGCCCCUCGUCAAGGCCGUCGUCUGAGUUCUGCCGCCCCGCGCUGAUCCACGGAUUCCACGUCUCACUACUUUCUUACCUUUGUAUUACUCU